AUGUCAGGGCACGAUCAGUCUUUCAUAUUGCUAUUACUCGCAGACUCUAAUCUGCCGACCGGCGGCUUCGUAGCCUCGGCUGGUCUGGAGGCGUUUGCUCACCAUGGUCAACUCGGCUUGCAGAUCAGCUCUCAGCAGCAGAACGUGAAGCUGACAGAGAUCGUCAACUUUGUCGAUCAUAACCUUGCCGCGUAUGCGAGAAGUUCUCUCAGCUCUCUGAGGGCUGCACAUGCGCAGGUCGAGGCACUGUCAACAUUGCGAGUCCCGCAGGUGUUGCAAGCUCUUGGUCAGAUCGACAAGGCGUACCAUGCCAUCACGCUUAAUCACGUCGUGCGGAGGGCCAGCACAGCUCAGGGUGUUGCUCUCUUGUCACUCUACAGUCGUGCAUUCUCCUAUGACUCUCCUCUAAUCGAUGAGCUUGUCGAGAAGUUCAGAGCUCGGAUACGGUCUGGGCAGAUCGAGGGACAUCUGCCCGUCUGCUUUGCAAUCCUCACAGCCGGACUCGGUUUGAAGCAAGAUGCAUCGGUUGAGCUUCACUUGUUCCUUCAUGCUCGAUCCAUACUAUCGUCGGCGGUCAGAUUGAAUCUUAUUGGGCCCUAUCAGGCGCAUCGCAUCCUGCUGCAACAGAUGCAGCCCCUCAUCAAGCGUGCAGCCGCAGACAAUCCUGCAUUAUACACCUUCGAGCUUAUCCGGCCACCAGCGACCAUCUGGCCUCUUGCCGAAAUUCUUGCAGCCCGUCACGAUGUCAUGAACACGCGCAUCUUCAACUCAUAG